AGACAGCUCGCAAUAUAUAUGAUGACCUCUCCCGUCGUUAACUCAAUCAGAGUAACAGUCGCCAAACAAGAAAUCAAUUCUUCAGAAUGCUGAAAUCACUCUUCGCUCUGGCGCUUCUGCAAUGUUGCCUUUUGGAAAUUAGUGGCUUUUCAUUAGCCAGGAAUCAGGAACGUUUCACUUGUCCGGCAGCCGACGGGUUCUACGGCAUCGAUGGUCAAUGCACAGCGGAUUACUACGCCUGUGUCGGUGGGGUAGCAUACCAACAGACAUGCCCAGGAACUAACAAUGUUUUCGAUCCGCUUAUCGCGAAAUGCGUUUCUUACGACGUUGCCUCGUGUCGCAAUACAGUCACGACGACUACCGUUGCCCCCACGACGACCAGGGCUACUACUUUCACUGCUUCUACUACUACUACUAAGGGUCCUACCAACACCGUUAUAACAACGACCCCUGCAGGUCCUACUUUUACUUGCCCAACAAACGAGGGGUUCUUCCCCAUUCCUGGUACAUGUGGGCCCGAUUAUUAUGUGUGCGUCUCAGGAUCGCCUUACGUAUCGACGUGUCCCGGCGAAAGUAUUUUCGAUCCAGAGACUUUGAUAUGCACAUCUGUGGAGCAAGCUUCAUGCAAGCCAGAAUUCAAAUGCCCAAGUCCCGAUGGCUUUUUCCCAGUGCCAGGAACGUGCGGCAAUAGCUACUACUCAUGCGUCGGAGGAACAGCUUACCUACAGAACUGUCCUGGAACUUCUGUCUUCGAUCCGGCCACCAACAAUUGCGUUGCGGAAGAAAACGCUUCAUGCCGAACCACAACAAAAGCAACGACGCCAACAACCACACCAACUACUACAACACCGACCACAACAAGACCGACGACGACAACAACAAGGACAACAACAACAACGCCAACGACGACAACUCCAACAACAACAACAACCCGCACAACCACCACCACCACGACUCCAACAACCACCAAACCACCUUUUGUGUGCCCCGGAACUGGGCAGUACCCGUAUCCGGGAAGCUGUACUCUGUAUUACGUCUGUUCGGGCAGCAAUUACAUUGUAGCAAGUUGCCCGGCUGGCCAAGUGUUUAAUCCUUCAACUGAAUACUGCGAGGAUCCUAUUAACGUACCCGGUUGUUAUUUCGACCCCGUCCAGUUUUUCCAGGAUUUGCAAUACGUUGGGGUGACUGGUGGGCCUUCGCUGUAGAAGACCAACAUUUUCAGAGUGGUUGGUGCCUACCUAACGUCAUAAAGAUUUUCGUGUACACAAUUUAAAUCAAAGCUGCUUAUACAUCAGUCCGCAUUCCCCCCAAUAACCUUAUAUUAUUGUCAACGUCAAAUAAUCAAGUUAUAAUUUGUUGCAACUGCUGUUACUUAUAUGACUGUGUCAUUUUACGUCAAUGAAAAUAUUGAAUAUGAAAAUGCUUUACUAUAUUGCUGUAAUAAAACCUUUUCAAGGAUUAUUAUACACGCAUCUUCGUAUUUCCCAAG